CUGCAUGUGAAUUCCCAGCGAGGACACUGACAGAAGCGCUGAACCACUCGCCAUGUGACAUGCAGCAGUGCACACAGGAUUGGCUGAGCUGAGUGAUGACCUCAGCAAGCCUCCCUUCCAGCAGCUAGCUCUCUCUCUCUCUCCCCAUCCCUCCCUCCCUCCCUCCCUCCUUCCUUCUCUCUCUGUCUCUCUCCACUCUGCUUUUUUUCCUGCCCCCUUUUGAGCAUCCUUUGGUAAUCGUGUAGACCACAGCCGCAGUGACUAGCAGCAGCAUCCAUGGCCUAAACACGGAGCCCUAAAACAUCCGACGGCCCGUCGUACGAGGGACACGGGGACUUUAAACCUAAGGGUUUUGGAGGCUGGAAGUGGGCUCUGUUUUUUUUUUUUACAUCUCUUCAUCUGGUAACCAGGGGCUUCUCUCCUCCCCUCCUCCCGUUUCAGGCUCCUUGGAGAUAGAGGAAUGCAAAUCUGCAAUCAUGAUGGAAGGAUUGAAAAAACGCACCAGGAAGGCCUUCGGGAUACGGAAGAAAGAAAAGGACACUGACUCUACGGGGUCACCAGACAGAGAUGGUGGAUCACAGAAAAAGACCAAUGGGGCUCCAAAUGGCUUCUGCGGGGAGAUUGAUUGGGAGAGAUAUAACUCGCCUGAGCUAGAUGAAGAAGGAUAUAGCAUCAGGCCAGAGGAGGAAGAGGGAGCAGCCCCCAAAGAGAAGACUCACUUUUUCUCCUCCAGUGAGUCUGAAGAAGAGGAGGACCACCGCAAAAAGUUUAAGAUCAAAAUCAAACCCCUGCCAGCAGACGCUAACUUUGCAGCGCCCUCGGUAGAUGAAUUAAAAGCCUCCAUAGGCAACUUAGCUCUGUCUCCCUCGCCUCUGAGGAAUAGUCCGAGACGUAGCCCGGGGCUGGCAAAAAGAAACCCCAGUGAAGAAAUUGCACGACCGAGACGUGUUGUUCCAACGCCCGCACCAGCUCUUGCCCCGUCUACAACACCUGCAUCUGCGCCUGCACCUGCAUCUGCGCCUCCACCUCCACCUCCUAAUAAGAAAUCUCCAGUGCCAGAGGAUGCAACAGCCUUAUUCGGCCCUCCACUGGAGACAGCCUUCGAUGAGCAGAAGACUAGUGAAGCGGUGAUAGAGGAACCUGAGGUUUGGGGUGCACCCCUGCCUGAGCAACACCUAGAAUCCUCACUGGCAACACCUUUUCCUACAGGAACUCUGCCUCCGCUUCCGCCUAAGAAUGUGCCGACCUCCCCUCCUCCGAUUGAAUCUCCUGCUACAGAGCCUACUGAUGUACAGAAAGAAGAGGAAAAUUCAAGGCUGACCUCACAGAGGCCCUCUAUAACUGAUCUGGACAACAUCUUUGGUCCAGAAGACUCUCCAAAACCUGGUCAAGAUGCUGAAGACAAAUGGGUCUGCUUCAAUGAUGCGUCACCUGAAAGACUUCCUCCCUCUGAAGGAGGAGUGCCAGCACCUCCACUCCCCUUGUCUCCGCCUCCCCCAGCAGAACCAGCACCCCCAGUACCUAAAUCACCCCCUCCAUCUGAGGAGCCGAACCUUUCUUUACCAAAAUCUUCACCUCCUCCUGCAGAGCCGGCACCUUCUCCUCCUUCCAGUGAGUCACACAGGGAAAGCCCCCCACCUGUUCCAAAUGUUCCCAAAGACACCACUCCUUCUCCUCCAACUGUCCCGCCUCCUCCGGUGGAAGAGGCCCCGCCCCCACCAACACCAGAUGAUUUUUUUCAAUCCACUACAGACUUUUCGUCAUGUGCUUCUCUGACAGAGACCCGAUCAGACUCAACCAACAGCCCGCCAACCACUAUAGAGACAAGUGUACGCACAAUCCCUCCGCCCUUGGUUCUGAACCAAGAGGACAAGAAAAGCCCUGAUGAGAUCCCAUCUAAAGAGGACCCCAGUGAGAGCAGCACUUCACCCAAAGAGAUUUGUCAAGGACCACGUUCAACACCUCCUCCUCCACCACCUCCUACAUACAGGGCGGUAGUGUCAUCACCAGGGCCCAUUCCUCCAGCUAGUACUGGUGGAAAUGAAAGUGGCUCCUCCUCCCCUGUACGCCCAUCUACCCCAUUGGCUACCAGCAGCUCUCCCCCUCCCCCUCCCCCACCUCGGCCACCCUCACGACCCAAACUGCCUCCAGGGAAACCAAGCGUAGGGGAUGUGAAUCGGCCGUUCAGCCCCCCUGUACACUCGUCAAGCCCCCCUCCUCUGGCUCCGCUGGCCCGUGCGGAGAGCACCUCUUCCAUCUCCUCCACCAACUCUCUGAGUGCUGCCACCACUCCCACCGUCGGUAAAGAGCUCUCCGUGUCUGUGUCAGAGACAGACCAGCCCUCCCUCGUGUGGUUUGACAGAGGCAAGUUUUAUUUAACCUUUGAAGGCUGUUCGCGAGGGCCCAGUCCCCUCACCAUGGGGGCCCAGGACACGCUGCCUGUGGCUGCAGCUUUCACAGAGACAGUCAGUGCCUACUUCAAAGGAGCUGACCUCAAUAAGUGUGUGGUGAAGAUCACCGGAGAGAUGGUGUUGUCCUUCCCAGCAGGCAUCACAAGGCAUUUUGCAAAUAACCCCUCGCCCGCUGUGCUAACCUUCAGCAUAACCAACUACAGUCGUCUGGAACACGUCCUUCCUAACCCACAGUUACUGUGCUGUGACAGCACACAGCCAAAUCCAAACUCAAAGGAGUUCUGGGUGAAUAUGCCAAACCUGAUGACCCAUUUAAAGAAAGUGUCGGAGCAGAAACCACAGGCAACUUACUACAAUGUAGACAUGCUGAAAUAUCAGGUGUUACCGAAGGGUCUACAGUCCACUCCUCUAAAUCUAGCAGUGAGCUGGAGGUGUGAGCCCACCAGUACCGACCUGAGGAUAGACUACAAAUACAACGGUGGGGCCAUGACCACUCCUGUCGCCCUCAACAAUGUUCAGUUCCUCAUCCCUGUGGACGGAGGCGUCAGCAAACUGCAGGCUGUGCUUCCUCCGGCUGCUUGGAAUGCGGAACAGCAGAGAAUCUUAUGGAAGAUUCCUGAUAUUUCGCAGAAGUCUGAGAAUGGAGGUGUCGGAUCUCUGCUGGCCCGUUUCCAGCUAACAGAGGGUCCCAGUAAACCCGCCCCUGUGGCAGUGCAGUUCACCAGUGAGGGCAGCACUCUGUCAGGCUGUGACAUCGAACUGGUUGGCCUUGGAUAUCGUUUUUCCCUUAUCAAGAAGAGGUUUGCAGCAGGAAAAUACAUCGCAGACAACUAAACAGCAUCUUUGAUCCAUGCAAGUCUGCAUAUUUUGGACCAAUUCUGAAUAUUUAACACAGGACAGAUCACAAGCCUGACCCCUACCUGACCUUAUGGAUAAACCUAUGUAGAUGUACGAUACAGGUGGACCUCACACACUCCAGCAGUAUUAUAUGAGUUGCAUUGUAAAUGUGGACCGUUUUAGGGUGUACUUCUUAUAUGUGUGAACUUUAUUCACUUUGCAACAUCUGUAUUACUGCAGUUAAACGACCUGGGUUUGUUCGUAAGGUUUAGCCUCUAUUUCUGUCCGAUGUGUUAUUGGCUGUGCCUACCUGAACCUGAAUUCUCUGUAUCCUUCUCUAAAAGUGAUACUGAACAUGUAAUGUUUUUCUUUCUCUAUGCAUUCAGUUUGUCAAAAAGUAUCACGUUUUUCGAACAAGGUAGCAAAUUAGUACGGUAAACGACUGACUGUCUAAAAGAGGAAUACGACUCUGCCACAAGAUGGCGCUAUACCGUUGCAUGUAGUAAGAGGUCUUGCUCAAGCGUUUUUAGUCAUGAAAACGUAUUCAGGAAUAUCUCAUUUUAAUUUCUCAGUGAAGUCAGGUUAAUCGAAAAACAAUAGAAUUGUUUUUUUUUGUUUUUUUUUGAAACUCUUUAUAGACAGCCACAGCUUUAUAAACCUCCUGCUUGCAAUAGACACAAAAAAUGAUUUUCCUCAACAGAAAAGUCCUUUUAAAUUGGUAAUAUAUGACUUGAAGGCCGUUUGGUGUUUUCUUGUAUUGUUAAAUAGCCUUUCUGUUAUUCCCAAGGGAACAGUGUUAGACAUCAGAGUACACGACAUCACUCUAUUUUUAUUUAUUCAUUAUGUGUUGUAUAAAAAAAGAAACAAGUUACACUGUAUAUGAAUAGACUUUGAAUGGUAUCAUAAUUUAGGAUCCUUGAAGUUUUUGACUUUUUGUUAUCUGUGUAGUCGGGUAAGCUGUGUACAGUAAAAUGCUAAGGUAUAAUUUUUAAAUUUAUUUCAGAUAUAAGUUUUUUAAUUCAAGUGCAACAGAAAAUUUACGCUAUAUAAAUAUAUAUGGGUCGGGGUGACAUUUAAAAGAGAAAAUGAAACGGGAUACUGUAUCUACCUAGAUGCGUCAUGCUUAAUGUUAUUAUAGUGUUAUGUAUAUUGCAGCACUAUUAGUUCAACAAUGAAUUGUCAGCUUUUGGACAUUGUAAAUUCUUUUCUCAUUCACGCAGAUGUGUUUGUAUCCAGCCUCUCCCCUCAGUGUCCUGAGCAUGAGCCCCUGCGCUUGAGAACCUCUUUAUUUUGCAAAUGGUAACGGUCUCUGUGAGAUGACAAGGUUCUUGAGUGGUUCAAUGACCAAAUUGUUUUUUGUUUUGUUUUUUGUUUCGUUUGUACGUGUAUCUCCAGAAUUGUCCUUUAAGAGAAAAUAAGCUGCAUAUUUUUUAAAUGUUUAAACCUAUGAAUAAAGUGAAAAAUAUUGUUUCUUGUGAAAAAAAA